AUGACAACUCCAGAUAUGGAUGCUCACGAGGCAGAGGAGAUGACGAAUUCCAUGAUGCGGAAUUCACCACUCCCAGAUGCUGAGAGGAGCGAUGAGAAGCUCCCGGAGGAGGAAGGAAGCGAUAAGCUUCCGAAAGAGGGAGAAGAUGAGAUCGAAAAGCUCAAGAAUAUCAAGGCGGAUUCUGACCAGGAGAUGGCAACAACCCUCCAACAGCUGAAGGACUUGUCAGAAUUCUGGGAUUUGAUGCAGCUGGAGCUUGAGGAGCUAAGAGAUCUAAAGGAAGCUGCUCAAGUUGUGACAGACACUACGGAGAUCCCAGAAGGGAACGAAGACGAACCGCUCACGUUGGCGGGAAGGCUUCAUAGACAAUGUCAGGUAGAGAUAAAGAUAUUGUAUGGGAACAUGGUGAAAAUUUUUAUCCCGGAUGGCGGUGCAAAGGAGGUCUCCGGCCCACCGAUACGUGAAGAAGGUGAUUUUAUCGACCAGCUGGCCCAUCUUUCAUUUUAUGAUGAGAAUAAUCCGGUGCGGGAAUGGAUGGAAUAUGGUCGAUCUAACCGCGCUCCAGUUCUGGACGAGGAUGAUGAUGACGGAGACGUCCCUCUCCCGUCUCAUAUUGUCAGGGAUCAAAUAAACCUCUCAGAUCUACGUGACACUACGGGGGAUGCUUGCAUCAGCGAUUGGGCACGUAGACAUGUGGGUGACACUCACCUAGGGAAGAGGAAAUUCCAGAGGGGGCAUACGAAGGGUGACUCGAAGCGUCAAAAACAAAAAGGAAAAGCAACAGCAAAAUCAGUGAACAGCGACACGUCCACAGAUGAUGGCGAUGGUGAGCGUAGUCCACCGUAUCAAGAGACUGGGGAUAGCAGCUCCGCUGGUGAUGGUGACGGUAGUGACGGUGCAGAUGCUGCUGCUGGUGGUGGUGGUGGUGGUAGUGGUGGUGGUAUUCCCAUUCGUUUCACAGGGGAGACUCAGUUCACACAUGCUACACAGGACCCCGAUCAUGGAGCACCGGAAUCGCCGAGGAGAACGGUUGGACCGACGGACAACGAUACUCCACAGUACUCUUCUUCCUCCUAUAGCGAUUCCAGGCACUCUUUUCACUAUCCCAUACCUGACAUCAGCAUGGAGCCACAGACGAGAUGGGUGUACGAAUGGGAAGACCCCCAUUUUUACACUAUGUUAGUUCAGGAAUGGGAGACAACAUCGGCGUGGACAGGGCAAUCUUGGCAAGACUACAAGGCUGAACUGCUUAGAGUGCGAGGUUUGAAUGUGAUGUCCAUCGCCGAAUACCAAAUGGCGUCCAGAAUGGGGGUCUUCCCAUUCUUACGUUGAACUAUUAUUAAUGUGUAUCAGUGAGAGUGACUACUGUAUUUGUAGGCACGAUUAGGACUAUGGUAUUUGUAUGCACGCGCAUUAAUAUUGUAUAUCUCUGCAUAAUUAUAAAUUGUUACUUUGGUGUGGUAUUUUACAUUAAUAUGUGCAUAGUUCAUACCAAAAUUUCCUUUUAUUUCACACCACGGAACCAAUUUAAAACUGUCGGUUUAUUUUGUUAAAAGGCCGGUAACCGGUGCAACCGGUCCGGUUUUACCAACAAACCGGCCGGCU